GUAAAAACUAUAAUUGCAGAGGGGAAACGCGUUUCCCCAACACACAAUCAAUCACCCGCGCCGAGCUCCCUCGUUGCGACGCUACCCAUUCCCAACCCUUCUACGACACGAUAUUAGGGUUUCGUCGCCGGCCCCUUCGCGCGAUCGAUCUCGGAGAGUGGAUUCGGAGGAGGUACUGGGCGAUUUGUUCUCUUCAAUUUCGUUCCUUCUUAGGGUUUCCCUUUUUCUCUGCGAUUGUUUGUUGCUGUUGAUGAUGGUGUAUUGCGGAGAGGGUCGGUUUUGGAGACGUGACGUGAAUUGCUUUGACCUGGUUUUCGUUUGAUUCCGGUUUACUUCCUCCUAAUUGAGGUUAUUGAGUUCCAUAGCAAGAAAGAUGAGAUAUUUGGCUCGAUCUGUUUGGCAACUUCGGCAUCUAUCGAGGGUUUUGGGCGCAGAAAUCUCUUCGAAGGGAUUGGAGAGAGGAUGGAUCGCUCCAGUUUGGAUUAGUUCAGUUUCCCGUUCGUUAAAUGGCUCGUUUCAUUAUAGAGAAAUCACUGGAUAUAUGAAUCAGGCCGUGGUCUUCAUGAGGACUCUCUCCACAUCUGCAGCAAAUGAUGCAACAGCAGCUGCUACAGAUGCGGCAAGAGCCGGUCCGUUAAUGGAAUAUGAAAAAAGAAUCGUAUCAGGGGAACUUGUUGACGGCGAUUGCUUUCAGCUCGAUACUCUUCGACUACUGCAAACGCUCUACGACCAGCUUGUUGAGCAUGAAGAUGCCUGCCAAUUGGAUAGAUAUAAUUCGUCGAAGAAAUCUGGGAGGAGUAGGUGGCUAUGGUCCCGAUUAAUUCCACAAUCUUCAUAUGCACCAGUGAGAGGGCUAUACCUUUAUGGAGGAGUAGGGACAGGGAAAACAAUGCUCAUGGAUUUGUUUUACGAACAAUUGCCAUCUAAUUGGAGGAAAAAACGAAUUCAUUUCCAUGAUUUUAUGUUGAAUGUACACAGCCGUCUCCAGAAGCAUAAAGGGUUAGCAGAUCCACUUGAGGUUGUUGCUGCCGAAAUAUCAGAUGAGUCCAUUCUAUUAUGUCUUGAUGAGUUUAUGGUGACUGAUGUUGCCGAUGCUCUGAUAUUGAACCGGCUUUUUCGACAUCUAUUUAACAAAGGCGUCGUUCUUGUCUCCACUUCAAAUCGUGCUCCAGAUCAACUCUAUGAAGGUGGCUUACAGAGGGACCUUUUUUUGCCUUUCAUUGAAACCUUGAAGGAAAGGUGUAUAGCUCAUGCAAUUGGGUCUUCCACAGACUAUCGGAAAAUGGGUUCUGCGGAGCAAGGUCUAUAUCUUGUUGGAAAUCAAUAUGGCCCACUCCUUAAGCAGAAAUUCCAUUCCUUAAUAGGGCAGGAGAAACCUCGGCCUCAAGUUGUCGAAGUUGUAAUGGGACGAAAAUUGCAGGUCCCACUAGGAGCAAAUGGAUGUGCUUAUUUUCCUUUUGAAGAGCUUUGUGACAGGCCUUUAGGGGCAGCGGAUUACUUCGGCUUGUUCAAAAAAUUUCAUACAUUGGCACUCGAAGGCGUACCGAAGUUUGGGCUUCACAACCGAACCGCAGCUUAUCGGUUUGUCACUUUGGUUGAUGUGAUGUAUGAGAACAGGGCCAGAUUGUUGUGCACGGCCGAAACGCCUCCAGUUGAGUUAUUUGAGAGGAUCGUAACAGUGGCUGAUGCCCUAAAAGUUUCUCCUCGAUCUUCACGAGCGCCGAAGGGAGAUGACCCCGACCUGUGUGUCGACAACCAGCUAGGGUUCGCCAAAGAUCGCACCAUUAGUAGGUUAACGGAGAUGAACAGCAAAGAGUAUUUAGAACAGCAUGAGGCCAACUUGCACAGGUCCUCCGAAGAAACGCACGACAAUGGUGACAUGUUACAAUCUCGACAACUCGUUUUGGACUAACAUUUUUUCUGAAUCAGACCGGCGCAGUCGAUUCCGUAAUUAUUUUUCACCAAAUAAUAGAACACAGGUUUCAAGUGAGAGCCUUGAUCCUGUGCACCUUGUAAAUCUUGUGUGGGGGUAUGAAGAUGCCGAAUCUGAUAUUAUUCCAAUAAACAAGAUGAUUCAAUCUUGAAUUUGGUUAUAUGUGUAUUGUCGGACUCAAAAGCGUCGAUUCGGGGACUGUAGAACAGCUUCAACUUCUUGCCUUUCUGCAGAGAACAAAGCUAAAGUUCGAUUCUUGCAGAUCAUUUCUAUGAAGAGGGGUAUACCCAAAUAUAGAAUUUCUUGUCGCAUAUCAUUAUGUUUUCAUUUUUCAUUUAAGAGAAUUCAUAGAGGAUUUUUCUGUGCUGUAGAUUUCUUGGUUAUUGAUGUAGCUAAUGCUAUGACUUAUCGCAACAGUAUGGUUCUCUUU